AGAAGGAUGAUUGCCAGAGCUGCCUCAAGAAUGCAAGUAAAAGCAUAGUAGUAGAAUGUUUAAACAACGAGCAAGCCAUUGAAUGGUAUGAGAAGUGCUUGGUCCGGUACUCCAACCAGAGUUUCUUUGGGGUGGUGGACACUGAUGUUGGCAGGACACUAUGCGGCCCAGAACAGAUCAGUCAAGCUGACUAUAACGCCACGUUGACACUAGCAAUGGCUCUGAUCAAUGAUGCACCCAAUUCUCCCUUGUUUUUUAGAGCUGGAGCGCAUUUGUCUAACAGCUAUGUUCUUGUACAGUGCACUAGAGAUCUCAGUAAGGAUGGGUGCGGGCAAUGCUUGCAGAAUGGAAUGAGUAGUGUCUCCGGUCAAUGCAACCAGACCAAUGGUUGGCGGUAUCUCUCUGGUAGCUGCACCUUGAGGUAUGAGGUCAAUCCUUUCUUCGAUGUGUCUUUCAUAUCGAUUCCAUCGCCAGACUCUCCUCAAGAAAAGGAUGGUGCAAGCAAGAAGAGGUCAUCCGGUGUUAUUAUUGCUGCUAUUGUUGCGCCAAUUCUAGGAGUCAUCCUCUUAGCUUCUAUCCUCUAUCUGUGGUGGAAGCUGAGUCAUAAAAAUGAUAACAAAGGAGAGCAUAUACAUGAACUCAGGCCGCUGACAACUCAGGAAUUACCCUACAUGAAUCUAGCUACCAUACUAGCAGCUACUAGUAACUUCGCUGUGGAAAAUAAGCUUGGAGAAGGGGGAUUUGGUCCUGUUUAUAAAGGUGUUCUGAAUAAUGGAACAGAGAUUGCAGUUAAGAGGCUUUCAACAAAAUCUAAGCAAGGUGCCAUUGAAUUUGAAAAUGAGGUGAAGUUGAUUGCCAAACUACAGCAUAGAAAUCUUGUAAGAAUGCUUGGUUGGUGUGCUGAGAGAGAAGAGAAGCUGCUCAUUUAUGAAUAUCUGCCAAACAAGAGCCUUGAUGCUCUUCUUUUUGAUUCAGAAAAGCUAGUACAACUAGAUUGGAAUACACGGCUUCAAAUCAUCAAAGGAAUUGCAAGAGGCCUUCUCUAUCUUCAUGAAGACUCACUGCUCAAAGUCAUUCACAGGGACCUCAAAGCCAGUAAUGUUUUAUUAGACAACAAAAUGACACCCAAGAUAUCUGACUUUGGCAUGGCUAGGAUAUUCAGAGGAGAUGAAAGUGAAGCCAAUACAAACAGAGUCGUUGGAACUUAUGGUUACAUGGCUCCAGAAUUUGCAAUGGGAGGCCUAUUCUCUGAAAAGUCUGAUGUUUAUAGCUAUGGGGUUCUCUUACUAGAAAUAGUAACUGGACAAAGGAAUGGAAGAGCACACUUUGAAGAACAUGGCAAGACUCUUAUCAGAAAUAUGUGGCAUUUGUGGGUUGAAGGCAGGGCACAAGAGUUGUUAGAUCCUUUGCUUGCAGAUUCAUGUCCAAUUAAUGAAGCAAAGAAGUGCAUCAAAAUAGGAUUGUUGUGUGUGCAGGAAAAUACAGAGGAGAGGCCUAUAAUGUCUACAGUUGUUCAUAUGUUGAGGAGUAGUGAUGAAACAUUGUUUCCAGAGCCCAGCCAACCUCCCUCCUUUAUGGGACAGAGAACCUUUGUGCCUGAUGAAUCAUCAUCAAGCAUCAGAUCUGAUGCAACCAGCGCUCAUUCUGUCAACCAUGUUACCAAUUCGGAUGUCCAAGCUAGAUAGUUCAAUAGUUCUCUUGAUCAAUUAAUCUUAUAAGCAAUUAGAUGUUUGAUCAAAUGUUUGAUGCAUCAGCGAAGACGAGUGCAUAUUGGUCUUGAACUGGAGUUUAUUUUCAAUUCUGCCUUUGGGAGUGAAAAAGUGCCUAGCAUUGAAGGUUUUUGUUCAUUUUCAUGCCUACAUUUGCCACAUGAUUAUUAUUCUUUCGCCAAUAUGCUUACAUGGUAAAAUAAUUUGUAAUAGUUUGUUUGGUA